AUGCGCACUGGACCACCGCGCAAGUCCGCCGCCGACGAGCGCACGCGGCGGAGGGGGGCCCACACCGAUCGGGAAAUUUUGUCUGGCAGGCCAGGCGGCGAAAAUUUGAGGCCAGCAUGUUUCGAGCGACCCCCUCCCCUCCUGUCUCCCAGCUGCCCUCUCGGCGUUGCCGAGCGGUCCUGCCACUUGACCACGCCCCCCUCGCCCCUGUGCUCCCGCCUCCAAAAGCGCGAGCGGCGCCUUUUCUCGCGCGUUUUUCUUCCGCCCCGUGCCCUCACAGCUCCUCUACCCAACGACGAGUUCUGCCCACCGACGAGACGCCUCCGCGGAUACGUUUCCCCUGUGGCUUGUGCAGUGCUAUCGGCGAGCCCCCUGACUGCCUACCCACUCGCCCGCCCGCCCGCCCGCCUGCCCGCCCGCCCACUUCGAGAGAGUGAGAGGAGAGGGGCAGAGUACCCUCCCGAGAUGCAACCUGGCGACCGCGAGCACCGCCAAAGCUCCCUCCCCCGCAGCCUACAGCGCCAUCUGCGCUCUGGCCCACAAUCGCCGCGCACGACUGAGCCUCUCGCGUCCACCGUGGCGAGCAGCGCCGGCACGAGCGCGCCCAGAGACGAAACCGACACUGACGACAAAGACGACGACCCUUUCUACGACGACGACGACGGCCGAUGGCGUGCCACUCGCAUGCGCGCGUACGCCCGCGAGCGCGAGCACGGUCCUCGCACUAGAGACCUCGCCCCGCCCCUCGAGGAACACGCUCUCGCGGGCACGGCCAUGUUCUCCCCCUACCCCGCCCGGCCUCUCAUGACCUCCGCCCCGUUCGCGCACGCGUUGGGGGGCCUCCCCUCUCUCCCCCCGCUCCACCACUCGCACUCGCACUCGCCUACGGGCCACCCGCAAGCGCAUCACCCUCCCCAGGGCCCCAGGGCCUUCUCGCAUUCGCUCCCGCCCUACGACGGUGGCCUGUGGGCGGGGCGGUUCAUGGACACAGAUUCCACGUCGUACACAUAUCCCCCUCCACAAAGACUCACCCCAGUCCCUUCUCGCGUGCCACAGCGAACGAUUGGGAACGGCGAGGCGGGGUCAUCGACGCGGACGCCGCGCCCGCCGACUGCGCGUGUGCUUGCUUCCCCCGCCGCCCCGCCGCCGCUGGACCCGUGGCGGAGGCCCCAGGGACAUGGCCUCGAGGAGCCCCAUGCGCCGACGCACGCGCCCUUCUGGUACGCGCCCGCUCCGAGGCAGGGCUACACGGAGGGCGAGGUGCAGUCGGCGCGGGAGCGCGACGAGCGGGGGAGGAGGACGGACGAGCCGCGGAGGGCAGCUGCGGAUCUGGAUCGACAGGCCGCGGCUUAUAACCGCGAGGGUGCGUCGAUUCUUUUGUCUUUUCGGGCGCCAUUCCGGACGCUGACAGCUGGCUUGACGUUUGCCGUGUGCCCGCGGCUGCUUUUGGACGUCGCGCACGGACGCUCAGCGCACAGCUUUUCUUCGGCGGGGACACGGCCCUUUUACGACGCGCGGUUUGGCCGUGUAUACGACUAUUACGAGCCGCUUCCCGCAGCGACGACGUUCGACCCGCGCACGCAUGGCUCCCUGCCCCCGCUGGCGGCGUUCGGGGGCGCGGCGCGAACGAGCCGCGAGUAUGCGUUCCUCCCACCGCCCAUGCUCGUGCCCGUGCCCGUGCCCGUGCCCAUGCCCGCCCCCGCCCCAGAGCAGAGAGGCGCGCCGUGGGAGCGGGAGCGGGAGCUGAUGCUACGGCCGCUCAGGCUCGGCUUUGGAGACGACGACGACGACGAUCGAGAACGCACGCGAGGAGACGCCGCGGGGGAGGCAGGAGGUUCGGGGGGGAGAGCGCCCGUGGCGGGCCCGUCGCGCGCGGGGGCCCCGGGGUGGCUGCACGAGCCGCAGCCGUCGCGGCCGAUCCCCCUGAGGCUGCGGCGGACGACGAGUCCCGAGGGGAUGCCGCGCGCGGAGGAAGAAGAGUCAAAAACGGGGGAGAGGAGGCGCGGCGCGAGGACGGCGCCGUCGCCGCUGGUGGGGCGGAAGCGCAAGCGCAAGCGCGAGUCGAACGCGGACGACAGCGACUCGGAGGGGCGGGCGCGGGCGGCGCCGAAGAAGACGGCGAUGGCGUUGUCGGAGGACGUUGGUCGAGGUGACGGCGGGGGUGUGGGGCGCAAACUCAAAUGCAGCGGGGACCGGCCGGAGUGCGAGAACUGCAAGAACCGGGGUUUGCCCUGCGUCUACGAGCCGGUGCAGCGCCGGCGCGGCCCCGGGAAGAAGACGCUCGCGGCGCAGGGGCAGCAGCCGAAUCGGGGGACACGCGGUGGGCCUGCGCCCGCGGCAGGCGCGACGGCUCCCGCGCAGAGUCACGCGUUUGUCCGCCCUUCUGAUCUGGCCGCUCCCUCCGCGCCGCACACACGCCACGGGCGGCGGUCUGGGCGCGGGCGGGGGCGAGGCGGGCGCGGACGGGGCGCGGGAGGAGAGGAGGGUGGGAGCCGAGAGACAGGUUCGCGCGAGGGGCACGGCGGCGGGAAGAGGGAUGAGGAGGGACGGGAGGGGUAG